AUGUCCACACCCUCACCCCUCAUCUCAACAUGCAACAUCGUCACCCCGGUAGGUAUGCUGGGCUACGGCCUGGAUGAGUCUCUCACAGCCAGCCUCCUUGCCGCUGUCAUCCCAAAUGGUGCGCCUACAGCCAUCAUUCUCGACUCAGGCAGCACGGAUAGUGGACCCGAGAAGCUCGCGCUAGGCCAUACGACGUCGCCACGGACGUCGUAUGUAAGAGAUUUAAGGAAAUUGGUAAGGUUGGCCUGGGAGUACAAAGUGCCGCUUGUGUUUACCUCGGCGGGAGGCGAUGGGAGCGAUGAACACGUGGGGGAGAUGGUGAAUGUGUUGAAGGAAAUCUGCGAGGAGCAGGGAAAUGAAGAAAGACACUACAAACUCAAAGUCAUCGCAAUCUACUCCGCGGUCACAAAAACCUUCGUUCACGAACGUCUCCAAAAGAACGCCAUAUCCGGCUGCGGACCGCCCGUUCCUCCUCUCACAAGCAAAUUGAUUGAUUCCGCGCCACGCAUCGUCUCCCAGAUGGGCCCCGAACCCCUCUACGACGCUAUGACCGCCACGCCGGACUUCAACAUUCUUGUCGGCGGCCGCGCCUACGAUCCCUCGCCGUACAUUGCCUUCGCAGCAUGGGCCUCCAAGACGCCGCUCGACCAGACGUCCACCCCCGAGGCGAAGCGUUUGUGGGGCGGCUUCGCGCAUAUGGGUAAGAUUCUCGAGUGCGGUGGCAUCUGCGCGAGUCCGAAGUGCUCGGCCGUCCGCGCGACCAUGUAUGCAGACGGCACGUUUGACCUCACGCCCGGAGAGCCGGAGAGCAGAUGUACGCCGCUGAGUGUGAGCGGGCACACGUUGUAUGAGAAGAGUCGUCCGGAUCUACUGUAUGGACCGGGCGGAUGGCUGGAUUUGAUGGAGAGCUCGUAUGAGUUGUUGUGGGAUGGGAGGACGUGCAGGGUUAGAGGAGGACGAUUUACGUUUUCGAGGGAUGUGGGGGCGAAGUAUAUGGUAAAGCUUGAGGCAGCGCAUGUGGUGGGGUAUAGGGCGAGUUAUAUGGGGAGUGUUAAGGAUGCUAUUCUCAUCGGCCAGCUGGAUUCUGUGCUAAAGCAGAUAAAAGAGUACGUGGCAGAGCAACAUCGAGGUGUCGAGGGGACGUGGGAUCUUGAUUGGCACGUCUACGGCCAACAUCAAACAACUGCAGAUGGGCAACCGGCGGAAGUGUUCCUUAUCGGCGAGGCUCUCGCGUCAACGCAGGAGUUAGCGAGGAGCGUGGCGUCAACGGCGAGGAUAGCCACAGUUCACGCCCCCUAUCCGAACCAGAAAGCCACCUCCGGGAACCUCGCUUACGGCCACGGCGGCAAGAUGGAAAGCGAGCUCGGCCCUUGUGCACAGUUCUCGAUAUACCACCUCGUAGAACUAGAGGAAGGUGAAGAACGACUGAAGCUCAGCGACGGCUCGAACGCGCUAUAUCGACAAGAGGUGAGUGUGAUUGGUCGGGGUGAUUCACAAGCAGCUUCAUACCAGCCAGCGUCAUUAAGCACGGAACAAUACAAGCAAACAACAACAGUGUUGGGAGCGCCUGUCACCGACAACCAUUUCCCAACAUCACCCAAAACCCUCGGCGACAUAGCACGCGUGCUACGCUCUAAGAACGCCGGACCAUACGAGAUAACGUUCGAUGUCAUGUUCGCAACUGAAUCCAUCUUCCAGCUUGUCAAAUCAUCAGGCUUCCUCAAUGCGGCUGUCAUUGCAAAGCUUAACGGCAUACGAGAAGAUGAGGUCAUCUGGAGUGGCUUCUUUGAUCAAGCCCUUGCCUACAAGGCAACGAUCCCGAGGUUGUGGAAAGGCAAGCCAACACCAAACGGAGGUUUCAUGGAGAGCGACGUGCACGGGAGCCAGAAGUAUAUCGGGCUCUUGAACAUGCCAUUGCCAGAAGAGUUUGCGCACAAGUGGGAUGAGAUGAUGGCUAAGAGGAGGGAAGACAGCGGUGUGCAGACUGUUAUAACGCCGCCAGCAUCGUAA